UCACGAUCAGCUUACGGCUUCUGCUGACGGUCGAUGUCACCGUGUUUUGUAUCCCUGUGUGUCGUCAUCAUUUCAGAGACUAAGACUAGCAUUUCAUGCCUACAUUGGCUUAUGGGUAUUCAAUUAGAUGAACAUUAAGAUGGCGGCUUCAGUGGCAGGUCUUCCUCAAGCACAAAAUCAAGCGAAGCAGCAAGCCGGUGUUGCCUCAGAUAGAUCAUUGCGUUCAGUUUUUGUUGGGAAUAUUCCUUAUGAAGCAUCUGAGGAGCAACUUAAAGAGAUCUUCUCUGAAGUUGGACCAGUUGUUAGCUUUAGAUUGGUAUUUGAUCGUGAAACAGGAAAGCCUAAAGGAUAUGGGUUCUGUGAGUAUAAGGACCAGGAAACUGCCUUGAGUGCUAUUAGAAAUCUAAAUGGGUAUGAACUGAAUGGAAGAGCUUUGCGAGUUGACAGUGCUGCUUCAGAAAAGAACAGGGAGGAAAUGAAAGGUAUAGAAGGAAGCAGUCGUCCAGAAGUAAACCCUUAUGGACCACCAGUUGCUCCUGAAGAGGCACCUGAAGCCAUUACACAAGCUGUGGCAAGUUUACCUCCUGAGCAGAUGUUUGAACUUAUGAAGCAGAUGAAGAUUUGCAUUCAAAACAACCCUGAAGAAGCCAGACAGAUGUUACUUCAAAACCCACAGCUUGCCUAUGCCCUAUUGCAGGCUCAGGUUGUCAUGAAGAUUGUUGAUCCUGUUAUUGCACAGGGCAUCUUGCACAGACCUACCGAACCUUUAGCACCUUUACAACCAACAGGUGCACAACAGCCUCAGCCACUUAUGCGUGCAGGACCUUUAGGGGAAAGAAAAGGUCCAAAUAAUGCAGGCCCUCCUGGACCCUUCCACUCAGCACCUGGAUCAGCACCUGAAAUGAGAGGUCCUCUAGACAUGAGAGGUCCUCCAGACAUAAGGGGUCCACCUGAUGGGAGAGGCCCAGGUGACAUGAGAGGCCCCUCAGAUAUGAGAGGCCCUCAAGAUAUGAGGGGGCCAUCGGACAUGAGGGGUCCUCCAGAUGUUAGAGGUCCACCAGAUAUGAGAGGACCAGGACCUGAUAGUCGGGGUCCACCAGAUAUGAGGGGAAUGCACCCUGACAUGCGGGGCCCUCCAGACAUGAGGGGACCCCCAAACAGAGACAUGAGAGGUCCCAUGGAUAGAGGCCCAGGAGAUAUGAGAGGUCCACCUGAUAGAGGCCCUGGAGAUAUGAGAGGUCCACCUGACAGAGGUCCUGGAGAUAUGAGAGGUCCACCUGAAAGAGGUCCUGGAGAUAUGAGAGGCCCACCUGAUAGAGGUCCUGGUGAAAUAAGGAGCCUUCUUGGAGACAUGCGUGGACCUGGACCAGAUCCAAGGGACUACAGGGGCCCUCAUUCAGACAUGAGAGGACCUGAAGGCAGAGGUUCACAGGGUCCUGACUAUAGAGGUCCUCCCCAAGACCAGUUUGGAGACCCAAGAGAUCGACGCAUGCCCUUUGACCCCAGAGACCCAAGAAACAGAGAGCCACAAAGGGAUGAUAGAAGAGGUCCCUCUAUGGAUCCCAGAGACCAGCCCAGGGACCCAAGAGGUCCACCUCCUGAACAAAGAUACGGACCACCAAGUGGGCCAAGGGAUCCACGUGGUGAACGUGGCCCCCCAGGUCCCCAAAACGAUGGACGUUUUUCAGGACCUGUCCACUCACCACAGCAACAGUGGGGUCCUAACCAAGGGGGACCACCUCCCAGAGGUCCUCAAGGUUUUAAUCCUGGACCGGCGGGGCCUGUUGCGCAAGGUGGUGACGUCACAACUCAGGAUCAAGAGAAGGCGGCUCUUAUCAUGCAAGUGUUGAGCCUCACUGAUCAGCAGAUCGCUUUGUUACCUGAAGAUCAACGACAGAGUAUUAUGGUUUUGAAGGAACAGAUAGCUCACAGCACGCAGCCUCAUUGAUUUAUGUAGCAAUAUCCAUUUAAUUUGCUCUUCUUGUUUUUGAAAAUCAUUAAAACUCUCAGAAACUUUGUAAAGUGAAAGUAAGAA